UGGCACUAACAGCAAGCAAAAAUUUUAACUAAUAAAAGUGGUAGAUGGCAUCACAAUACCCUUCCUGUUUUUUAUUUAAAAUUUUAUAAACAAUAAUUUAAAAAAAAUAUAUAUAUUUAAUUUAUGCUAUAUUCAACACAAAAACCAUAUUAAUUAUCCUGUGUCGUGUCUUUUUUUGCAAAGGAGGAAUAAAAACUAUUACUUCAAAUUCGAAAAUUCUGUAGUGGAAGACACUUUGUUACGUUGAUGACAAGUUUAAAGACUUGUAUUAAGUAAUAAGUUACGAUAUUAAUAAAAAAUUAUUAAUACAAAGCAAAAUCUGUGUUGCCGUAAUACAUAUCUAUGCAUAGAGUUCUAAAUGGGGAAUAAAUUAAUCUAUACUAUAAAAAUAAUAAAUUUAAGAAAACUCACAAUAUAAAAUGUUUAAUUAUUGUUAUAUAGUUUAGUAUUAUCAAAUAUAAUCACAAAAUGAAUUUACGAGAACCAAAGAAAAAACGACGUAUGAAAUUAACAGAACAAUUACCACUUCCUAUUGUGAUAGGUAAUCAGGAUGAGUGGACUACAUAUACUGCUCAUCUCACCGAUUUAGGAUCUUGUAUAAUUGAUCCAAAUGAAAUUGUUGCAGUACAUUCUAUGGGCUUUUUUGGAAAAGGUUCUUUGUCACGUGGCUUUCCUUCAUUUGGAAAAACACAAUACGGAGCUCCUCCAGUUAUAAGAAACAGACAAUGGCUUCGCAGACAGGAAUGGUUAAAACAAUUUAAUGAACUUAGCAUGGAGCCUAAUAGCACACAAACAAAUCCAGAGGAAAACAAGUGUGAAAUUAUUGUUAUUAACAGUUAUUCUAGAAGUCCCAAUGAUGAUGAUGUCGAAUUAUUGUCAGUGAAAAUCAGUCCAACAAAACAAAAUACUCCAGAUAUAAUUGAAAUAGAUACAAAUUCUGCUCAUUUAGAUGAAAAACACAAAAAGAAUCAACAAACUGAUGAAGAGUUAAAAGUAGAUGGUACAAUUUCAAAUUCCACAAAAGAGGAUGAUGCAUUGAUUAUUAUAGAAAACAAAUCUAACAAAAAAGGUAACAAUAUUGAUAAUAAUCAAAAAGGAUCCAUUGAAAAUGAAGAGAAAUCUCCUUCAAGUUUUAGUUUAAAAGAAAAUGAUAUAUGUUUUACUGAAAAUAAUUUAGAUGUUCAAAACAAAUUACUUGUGUUACCAGAUAGUGACUCGGAAACUGAAAAUUAUUUACAAAAAAUUAAACCUAAAAUUGAAUGUGAAAAUUUUCCUAUUCAAGAAACUCUUCAUCUUACAUUUGAAGAAACAUUUUUUCUUUUGUAUGGUUUAGGUUGUUUAAAUUUAAUAGACUUUGAUGGUAAUUUAUUAGAUAUUGAUAGUGCUUGGCAUAUUUUCUGCAAAACUGAUAAAAAUUUUAUAUCAAAAUAUGUUGUAUAUCAUUACUUUCGAAGCAAAGGAUGGGUAGUAAAACCUGGACUUAAAUAUGGUGGAGAUUUUUUAUUAUAUAAACAAGGACCACCAUUUUAUCAUGCAUCUUACAUUGUAAUAAUAGACACUUUAGAUAGUGAUACCUUAGUCACAAAUCAAGAUAAACGUAUGCAUAAAUUAACAUGGAACAGUUUAUUAGGACUGGAAAGAUUAUCAGAAACUGCUGCAAAGGAAAUAUUAUUUGCACAAGUUUUAUGGCCAUCUUCAACUUUGCAAACAUCUGAUUCAUUAAAUGUGGAUAUGCUUCCUGAAUUUUCUGUGAGAGAAUUAUUAUGGCGAAGAUGGAAUCCUAAACAUAAAGAUAUAGAAGAGGAAGAUGAUGAUUCAUAUUGAUUUGAUAUUUAACAUGUUUAUUAUUGUUGUAAAUGUAUACAUGUAUAAAUUUAGAACCACUAUUUUUAUAUA